AUGCCGUUUAUCCAAGAGUACACCAUUAACGGAAAUGAGGCACCCCCCUCUAUCAACCCAGCCGACACUCCGAGUAGCACUCGAGCCAAUGCUAGUGGCUCCUCUUCUGGAGGUUCCAGCAAUGCCAUCCAAGGAGGCAAUUCUGGUACGCAAGGAGCGGGUUCCCAACAAGACUACGGCACUCCUUCCCAAGAUUACUGGUUAAUCGGGACUGGAGGACGAUUCUCAUCCUCAUAUUUACACUAUGGUCUAGAAUGA